AAGAAUCAUAUACAACUUUCCUAAAAGCAAAAAAAUGGCUUUUAAACUAGCGCAAAUCUUUUUCUUGGUCUCUCUAGUUUUAUCAACAUGUUUCUCCAUCACUCUUUCUCGUCCACUCGACAAUGAACUCGUCAUGCAAAAGAUGCACUUCGACUGGAUGACUAAGCACGGCCGCGUCUACGCUGAUAUGAAAGAGCAAAAAAAUCGCUACGCUGUGUUCAAAAGCAACGUCGAACGUAUCGAACUCUUGAACAGCAUGCCUGCCGGAAGAACGUACAAACUCGCGGUGAACCAGUUUGCUGAUCUAACCAAUGACGAGUUCCGUUCAAUGCACACUGGUUACAAAGGAGUCUCGUCUUUGUCUAGCCAAAGCCAAACUAAAACGACGUUGUUUAGGUACCAAAACGUUUCUUCUGGUGCUUUACCCACAUCUAUCGACUGGAGGACAAAAGGAGCUGUGACCCCUAUCAAAGAUCAAGGCAGUUGUGGAUGUUGUUGGGCGUUUUCAGUGGUUGCGGCUAUUGAAGGAGCAGCUCAGAUAAAGAAAGGUAAACUUAUCUCUUUAUCCGAACAACAGCUUGUGGACUGCGACCCAAACGAUUAUGGCUGCGAAGGUGGUUUGAUGGAUACCGCGUUUGCGCACAUAAAGGCGACGGGUGGCUUAACAACUGAAUCAAAUUAUCCUUACAAAGGAGAAGAUGCUACUUGUAACUCCAAAAAGACCAGUCCAAAGGCAACUACUAUCACAGGUUAUGAGGAUGUGCCGGCUAACGACGAGAGCGCACUGAUGAAGGCAGUGGCACACCAACCAGUAAGCGUAGCAAUUGAAGGAGGUGGUUUUGCUUUCCAAUUCUAUUCGUCCGGUGUGUUCAGUGGAGAGUGCACUACGAAUCUUGAUCAUGCAGUGACUGCGGUCGGAUACGGUGAAACUACGAAUGGAUCAAAGUAUUGGAUCAUCAAGAACUCUUGGGGAACAAAGUGGGGAGAGAGUGGAUACAUGAGGAUUCAGAAAGAUAUCAAGGAUAAGCAAGGACUAUGUGGUCUUGCUAUGGAAGCUUCUUACCCUACUAUAUGAAAUUCAAAACCGGUUCGGUUAUCCGGUUUAGCUUUUAAUUGUGUAUUUGCGUGUACGUGGGAUUUAUGUAUAAAAAUAAUCUGGAUAGUUUAUGUAAAAACAAUUUGUAUUCAGACUGUUGUAUGUAUUUUCUGGAAUUGUAACUAUAAAUUUAUCAUGUGAUGCAAAAA